AAACAAGCCCUAUGGUACAAGGAAGAAAACGAGUUACAAUAUCGUGUAACAGGUAUACAACAAAGAAAACAAAAAGAAAUACAUAUAUAGGUAUAUAAGAAAAAAGACGUACGAAGGAAGUUAAAUUAUAACACAUUAGGAGUUGAACGGUUGCAACGCUGAUCAUCUUAACUAAUCAUGUACGUAGUAAGAUCCAGAGAAGAGAUCGGCUCGUUCGUUGCUAUUUGCAUAAUUGCAUAUUCUGGUGACGAGAUCACUAAAUCUAGGAUCAUUCGAGAAGUGAAUCCGAAAGACCCAAAGUAUUGUGUAAAGAACGUGAGCGAGCAUCGAAAUUAAUAAGUUAAAGUAACAGAGGAUUGACAACGUGAUUAUUGACGAUUUUAAAUAAAAAGAAAAAUAAUGAAAUUUUAUCAGAUAUAUAUUAUGUACAUCUGAUUAGAAUGUCAGAGACCUACCGUUACGACAAAGGGUUACCGUCAACAAUAUUUUCAAACAUAUUUAAUACAUAUCUAUGUACAUUCUUUUGUAUCGAAUUUCUUCCGCUUUCACUUGUUAUCCAUUUGCUAGUAAAUGAUUUCAUGUCUAUUUUGUACAUCGACAGUGUAUGUAGCUUGGUAUUACGUUACCGAUGGUCGAUAACAACGACGCUCAGAGGAUAAUAAUAAUCUUGUAGCUGCAUGGAAUAAAUACAUGCCUCGCAAAUGUAACGCGGGCGUCUCUGGCAUCGUUGCAUCGGUGAUGCACGUCUUCGUCGCGCUCCCUCAAAAAUAACGAUCCAAUGAGAAGCGAGUAAACAAUGGUUAGAAAGCUUAGGAUUGGCUGCGUUGUCGCCAAGUCGAGUCAGAGGAACCAAUCAGGUAGAACGAAUCUCGAUCCAAGGGAAAAUGCAUCGGUCGUCCUUUACCCCCACCAGUGACGGCGGCACGUCUCAUAUUCAGUAGACUCGGCCAUUUCUAUCGUGAAGCGUAGGUACACGCUCGGCUGCGACAUUUUUUCUGUAAAACCGUGCGGGUAUUCCCGUAAGCUUUGCAAAAUAACGCGACGCAAAAGGAUGAUACACUCCGGGCGCACCAGGCUCGAGAAAAAAGUAAGUCGCGUGGGCGUGGGAGGAGGGGGCCAGGUCGGGCAAGGGGUACAAGCGGUUGAGGAUUCCGGCGCGAGCGGUCAAUGGUGGAGGCAACAGCAUCCAUCGUAUCACCAUCAUCAUCAUCAUCACCAACAUCAUCACCAUUACCAUCAUCAGGCCGGUUAUUAUACGUCGCAAUCGCACACUCACAACAACCCUGUAACGACCAUGAAGCAGUCUUACAUGCAGCUAACAUGGGUGUUUCAUGACGACGAGGCGCAGAUUAAUAAGAAACUGCCAAAAGAAUUGCUGCUUAGAAUUCUUUCGUAUCUCGACGUGGUAUCGCUAUGCCGGUGCGCACAAGUAAGCAAAGCCUGGAACGUGUUGGCGCUCGACGGAUCCAAUUGGCAAAGAAUCGAUCUCUUCGAUUUCCAACGAGACGUGGAGGGACCAGUUAUAGAAAAUAUAUCGAGACGAUGCGGAGGUUUCCUGAAGCAGCUGUCUCUCAGGGGAUGCCAAAGCAUCGGGAACAAUUCGAUGCGCACGUUGGCUCAGUCGUGUACCAAUAUCGAGGAACUGAAUCUUAGCCAAUGUAAAAAGAUCUCAGACACUACCUGCGCCGCCCUAAGCAGCCACUGUUCGAAACUUCAACGACUAAACUUGGACUCGUGUCCCGAGAUAACGGACAUAUCCCUGAAGGAUCUCUCGAAUGGUUGUCCGCUUCUCACUCACAUCAAUCUGUCCUGGUGUGAGUUACUUACCGACAAGGGAGUCGAAGCGUUGGCGAGAGGUUGUCCGGAACUCCGUAGCUUUCUAUGCAAAGGCUGCCGACAGUUAACAGACAGGGCUGUCAAAUGUCUCGCCCGCUACUGCCACAAUUUGGAAGCGAUCAAUUUACACGAAUGCAGGAAUAUAACGGAUGACGCUGUCAGGGAACUCAGUGAACGAUGUCCACGAUUACAUUAUGUUUGCCUGUCGAAUUGUCCUAAUCUAACGGACGCGUCUUUGGUCACGCUGGCGGAACACUGUCCACUCCUUAGCGUACUCGAAUGCGUGGCUUGCACUCAUUUCACCGACACGGGCUUUCAGGCUCUCGCCAAAAAUUGCAGACUACUAGAGAAGAUGGACCUGGAAGAGUGCGUUUUAAUAACAGACAUCACCCUCGUUCACCUGGCCAUGGGCUGUCCAGGAUUGGAGAAACUGAGUUUGUCUCACUGUGAAUUGAUCACCGACGAUGGCAUCCGACAGUUGGCCAUUUCGCCGUGCGCAGCGGAACAUCUGGCGGUGCUGGAAUUGGACAAUUGUCCCCUCAUCACAGAUGCUAGCCUCGAUCAUCUUCUACAGGCCUGCCACAAUCUCAAGCGCAUCGAGCUUUACGACUGUCAACUGAUCACCAGAGCUGGCAUACGUAGACUCAGAGUACCGUAUCAUACGUUCCUAAUUUCAUCCUCGAAAAUAGUAUUUCGCUUAUGGGGUGUUGAACGUCCUUCGACUCGAUAUCGAUAAAAUGUCGUAUAAUCAAGGAUUAUCUUCAAACUGGCACAUUUGCCGAACAUUAAAGUCCACGCGUACUUCGCGCCAGUGACACCGCCGCCGAGCGCGGGAGCAUCACGGCAGCGAUACUGCCGAUGCUGCGUCAUUCUGUGAUUUCGCAUAAAAAUGACUCUGAUGCAAAUCGUCCGAUGUACCACGCUACCGGUGGACUUGUAAUUUCGAUGAUCGCCGAUACACGGCGAUCGUGGGACCUUCUCUCUUCCGGUUGCCAGACCGAGACUCUGGUUGCCAUUCGUCAACAGUGAGAACAAGCCUCGUCGGGAAUGAAAUCGCGAUUCCUUCGACAGAUAUACCAAUUCGACUCGCAACACACGCAACAAGUACAAAAGGACAGUACGUCACCGUCACCUAACUAAUACACACACAGACAUACUCUCUCUCACACACACACACACAUACACACACACAGACAUACUCACACACGUACAUACACACACCAAAACCACCAGCUGCUGCUGCAAUUGUUACUAAUGUGUCGCUGCUACUAUCGCUCACUAUAAAACUGUUUCUAUCACCGCUGUUCGACACUGUACAACGGUGUACAAUGAUAUCGUUUCUACUGGAACUCUAUUGAGUUUCGAUAGUACGUGCUUUGCUAAUAAUCGCCGUCGUUUCAUCACGCGCGUAAGUAAGAUCAUUCAGCGAAGGAAAGGAAAAGAUAUUCUUUUGGAUUUUGUUGGUGGUCGUUUCGUUCCCGGAUUUCACACUUGUAGAGCAUCGAUUUUUCGAGAAAGUAAGAAACAAACGAAGGAGAAAAAGUAAGAAAGGAAACGGGACGACAAAGGACGAAGACGAUAAUAACAUCGUGGACGACGAAGAGGACGAUGACGACGCGUGCGAUACAGCGGACAAUUUUUUUAUCCAAGCGACACGGUCCGCUCCUAUACGGGCAAACGCGAUCGUACGUAUCGAUCGAGAGCCUGAAAUUUUCGCGGUCGGAUGUUCCACGUGAAACAAAACGAUAAGCAUAUAUACAUACGUAUAUGUAUUAUAUACAUACAUAUAUACAUAUAUACAUAUAUUUUUUUAGUACGACGCAUUCUCUCUUCUGCUAAACGUUAAUCGUCAAAGAAAAAUGUACGCGCAAUCCGUUCCGAGUGGUAACGGCAUACAGCAUGCGUCCAGUGAUCUUUUCUCGAACUCGAAAAGGGGAACGAAAAGAAAAAGGAAUGAUACGAUGGAGGGAAUGGAAAACGACGUCGCGUUAAAACGUGUUUCAAGCUGCGUAUAAAAGCCGUGCUAUUAUUCUAGACAUUCAAUUUCUAUCGAAGAUUCGUAUCUUUUUGUGUGUAUGUGUGCGUGAUGCGUGCGCGUGUGUAUGUGAGCGCACGCUUUCGUACGUGCAUGUGUAUGCGUGUGUGCGUGUUGCUGUAGCAGUUUCUCAAACGAACACUGCCUAUUAUAAAGUUAUUGAUAAAGAAAAAGAAGAAAAAGAAAAAAAGAAAAGAACACAAAGAAAACUCGACGAAGAAAAAAAAAAUGGUUUAAAAAAGAGAAAAAAAUAGAAAAGACACGAAACUACCAAAAAACAGAGAGAGACAGAGAGAAAAGAGAAGAAGACACGCGAGAAUCGUAGAGAUGAUCGCAGGUUGUUUGAAUCUCACCGCGAAACCAUAGAUCGACCCGUGUACCGUCGUUCGUUUUAAGCUAAAUAUAUACACAUUGUUCGCGAAAACGGACGAUACGUGUUUCUGUCUACCAAAAUCGAAAUUCUCGAUCUCGCACACGCGACUGGUAACUGCGACACCUACGAAUUUCUUUCUUUUCCUUUUAAUGAGACCGGCGUGCACAUCGCGAGAUUUAACGCACCUAACGAGAACGGAAACGUGAAACUUAGAUGAAUCCGGCACGGUUGUUGACUUCGCUUCUUCCUAGGAAAGAACCGAAGAGAAAACGACAAGAAAGAAAAGGAAGAGGAAGAAGAAGAAGACAGGAGGGAAAGAAAGACAAAGAUGCGAUGAUCCCAUCUAAUUAAUUACUGUUGGCGUCCGUUGGUAGUACGUUUAUCAUACAUUUUACAAGAACUCGCUGACGAACGGCUAAAUACACGGACAACUGGUUCUGUUCGCGAGUCGCGCUUAUUGAGUCUCUAAUGUACUAUGUUCCACCUCCUAACGACCCAGACAUUCAUAUAUACAGCUUUUUAUUUUCUUUUUUUCAUCUCCUUUCGUUUUAUUAUUAUUUUGUUCGUAUUUUAAUUCGUCAUGGACUAGGAGAGCACAGACUGAGAAAACGAAUCAAAACGUUGAUACGUUGAAUAACCCGAUUCACUUGGGCCCAGCGAUCGACUCGCUGGCGGAUUCUUACUUUUUAAGCUUAGUUUUACGGUAUGGUGGCAGUACGAGUACCGUGGACGUAUUACGCACGUGCCCGUGACUAUACGUCGUGGGCGUGCCAGUACUAGGAAAUUCGUUUGCUUCGCGAUCUUCGAAUCGUGAGUACAUAUAGCUAUAUAACAUAUGAAGAAAGAACGAGAAAGAGUCGGACUAAUUCGGAAUAAAACAAAAUAGAAAUGUAAAAUAGAGGACAGAAUAGAACGGUACACGAAACAAAGAUGCAUUUGUUCCCGUUCGUUGGAAAAGGAAAAAGAAGAGGAAGAAAGAUCGAGAUUAACGUUUGGUAGGAUAUUUGUCGUUUGGAAGUAUGGGUUUCAGGAUGGCAAAGCGUAUACAUAAUAACAAUCAACUGGCGAAGAAAAUUUUCAUCGCGUCUUCGUGUCGCGUGAGUAAUAGAACGAAGAAGAGGAAAGGAGCUUUUUUCGAUUGUGAGAAAGUUCUGAUGACAGAACGUUCAACUUUUAAUUCCAACAGUUGGAAGCAACGCGAGAACGACAGUCAAACGUUCGUAUUUUUCUCGCAUUAGUAGCCAGGGUGUCUGAUUGCUACGACGAUGAAGGUUUUCGCGUUGCCUGAAUUGGCGGAAUGUUCGAUUGUCGAGACAAAACGAACUUAUACGAAAAGGAACAAGUACGAUGGUCCAUCCCAAAAUAUACAAUAGAAUCGCCACGUGACGCACUCUAUUUUUCUUCUUCCCGUUGUUUCGACGAAUUUCGAGGAGCCAGCCAUGUACGUGAAUCGCGUGUCGUUGCGUCGAAUAAAAGAAUCGUAUAGAUGAUUGUUAAUCCUUGUUAGCGCGUAAGAACGUACACCGCAUAUAUAUUUAAUAUAUAGCGUGUAAACAGAAUACCGGAUGAAGGAACUAUAUAUGCAAAUGCAAAUAUACAAGAGGUAUAUAUAUUAACAAAAAAGGGAAAAAAUCCAGUAAAAAAUAAAUAUAUAGAUAUGAUAUGUUUUAUACGCUGCAUGUCAUCCUUAGUGAGAAAUAACGUGAUCAUCGUAAUGUGUCGUUCGGAAUCGAAUCAUUAAUUUUUUUCUUCUUUUUUUUCUUUCUUUUUUUUUUAGCGAUUAAACGAUGCACGAAGGGGAAUCAGCAGGAUAGGCUUCAACGCGAAAUGACAAACGAACAAUAACACCACUCUAUAUCCAUCGCUCGUGAAACUUUUUCCGAUCUCUCGCGGGUCUCGUUGGAGGAAUCUGUUGCGUUGUUUCGUCCACGAACUUGAUUGAAAUUUUCCGCAUAUUCGAUUAAUCGUGAAAAAAUAACACGCGAACGUACGCACGACUGUCGCCUGGCGCCUCGUUCGAUCGAGUUCGGCUCAAAAUAUGAAGUCAAUCGCAGUGCCUGAACCGCCGCAAAACUUGUAAAUUAUAUAAUCACGUAGUCGAAAUUCCACGAAUAAUUACUGUGUGGCGGGGGAUGUACAAGAUUUAAAAACUAAUAAUAAUGAAACGAAACAAAAGACUCUCAUAUGUGCCAGCCACUAAGAAUUUUCGAGGGUCUCUCUCUUUCUCUCUCUCUCUCUUUGGCUGAAACGAAACUCGUCGAGCGCCCGACAGCCGUGCACCCACGCGCAAUUAUUUAACGAUGGACAUUCGCUGUAUCAACGAUUGCGAUACACCUGAAAUCUUUUUUAGAAUCGAAAAAUUAAAUACUUGGAGUAGACUGGAAGAAACCACGAAAGAUCGAAAUAUUUUCUUUUAUGAAAUUCUUGGCAUAGCUAUAUCGUGCACCGUGUAAAUAGUCAAAGUUAGCCGGAAACUUGUAUAUUUUGAAUACCAUUCGAAGCGUUAGGUAUUUUUCAACCUUUCCCUGCGAAACAAUCCGUGCUGCAAUUUUCGAAACUUAAAAUCGAAAAGAACCGCCAGAUCUCUUUAACCUUCUUUCUCUGUGUUGUACGAUAUUAUACAUUAUAUACGCGAACGUCUAUGAAUUUUCACGAUGUUACAGGUAGAAAACCUAGUCUCGAUACGGCGAGGCUAUUAAAUUAUUCGCAUCGGUUAACCCGUUACACGGCAUUUAAUAAGAUUGCAAAUUAUACGUACGGCUGGUUCGAUUCGGCGUAGGAAACGGGAUAAAACAUUUGAAUGUCCAUCGCUGUUGCACGAUUUCUUAAUAUAUUCCUUCAACAUAUUGAAAACCAGUUCAAAAUCGUCCGUGGCAAAGGAAAAAGAGAAAGUCAAACGGAUAAAACUAUCGAGAGGAAAAUGUAUAGUUUCUUAGUCAUUGUAAACGCUCGUGGAAACGUUAUUUUUAGUAAACGAUGGGUUGGUGAUCGAUGAUCAAGACUCGGUGACUUGAUGAUCGAUUACGAACGAUUCGCGACUCUAUGAAAUAAACGAAUCGUUAGUACAACAAAUUGCAUGUCGAAUAUAAUAGAAUCGAGUCCCGUUACGUGGAAACAUUACGAGACGUAAGAGCCUGUCGGGAAUCCUGUUGGUCGUGCAUUAGGAAAUCGCGGUCGAUUUUCGAAAGCGAUGCACGUUGGUGUUCAUUCGCGUUUCAAAUCGAAUAUUAUCGUAAUAAACGAACGAAACAUUGAAAAGAAGAAACAAAAGGGAACAUGAAGAAGAGGAAGGGAAAAAGAAUUGUUCACCGAUGGCAGUGUUGUAGUCUAUUGGUAUAAUAACACACAAUAUGUCGCCGUAAGAAAGAGAUCGUGUUGUAACGACGGUUGAAGAGAGUGAUGCGAAAGAGAGAAACGAACAGGAAGAGGGAAGUGAAAGGGUGAAAAGGAGAUAAAACGAAGCUUUUGAAGGCGAGUGAUCGAGCAAGUGUUUGGCUGUGCUGUAGAAUAGGAAAGAAACGUGAGAUUCGAGAGAAAGAAUGAGAGAAAGAGAGGGUGUGAACGAGAGAGAUAAAGAAUUCAGAUGUUAAUCGAAGCCAGCGAAAGUAUCAAAUACUAUAAUACUAUAGUACUAUGUACAUAUACAUACAUAUAUGUAUAUAUAUAUAUAUAUAUAGUAUUAUAGUACUAUAUAUAAAAUAAAAAAGAAACUCGAUCACGUUCGAGAUCCAUUCGGUUCACGGUUGAAAAAACAAAUUCUUAAAGAUAAGAGCGUAACGUAUUUAAUGGUCUACACGUGUCGGCCUAUACGUGCCUCCUAAAGUCACGACGAUCUCUGCUUUUAAUCGAGGAGAAAAGUAAGGAAACGUCGCGAUAGCGUAUCGAAAAAAAAAAAAAAAAAAGAACAGUAAUUGUUACACGGAAAUUCGUGUGCGAAUACUGUAGCUGAUUAUACAUUGACAUUUCGCUGCUUCGACAAGCUACAGUCUACCAUGUAUAUAUUUUCAUUAAUGUAUGUAUAAUAAAAAGUAUAUUCGAGACAA